AUGCGGUCCCUGGUUUUACUCGGGAUGAGCUCUCUUGGUACGGCGACUUCCCUGUGGUCGUCGAAAGCUGCAUCCUGGGAUACCACUAACGAGGCCUUUGUUCUGGGGAAUGGCAAGCUGGGGGUGAUGCCCUUCGGAGAGCCGGGCGCAGAAAAGCUCAAUCUCAACCACGACGAGCUCUGGGACGGUGGCCCCUUUGAAAUCGAUGGAUAUCGGGGUGGAAAUCCGAAUUCUAGUAUGACCGAGAUCCUAUCCGAGAUUCGAGACGAGAUCUGGAAGAAAGGAACUGGCAGUACGUUCUACUCCAAGAUCUCCGUCAAUGUAUAUCUGACAUUUUUAGAUGAUACACGGCUGCACGGAGACACAGACGGCUAUGGAUCCUUCCAUUCAUUAGCCAAUCUUACCAUUGCGAUAGAUGGAAUUGACAACGUGAGCAACUAUACUCGGUCCCUAGAUCUCGGCACCGGCAUCCAUACGACGACCUACUCGACUAGCAAGGGAACGUAUACUACAGACGUUUACUGUAGCUACCCUGCUCAAGUUUGCAUCUAUAAGUUAAACUCGACAGCAGCUUUGUCUAACGUUACAAUCUACUUCGACCAACUCGUCGAGCAAAGCUCACUCUGGAAUGCCAGUUGCGACUCGGACUUCGCUCGUCUCCGAGGCGUCACACAGGAAGGGCCUCCGCGUGGGAUGACAUACGAUACAAUUGCGCGAACCUCGAUUCAGGGUAGCUGUGACAGUUCAACCGGAAAGUUGGCUAUUAGCGCCAGAAACAGCUCUUCUCUGACAAUUGUAAUCGGCGCCGGAACAAACUUCGAUGCCACUAAGGGCACUGCGACGAGUGGUUACACUUUCAAGGGGGAGGAUCCAGCAGAAUAUGUCGAUGCGAUCACAUCCGCAGCAAUUUCGCAGUCAGAAUCAAAACUCCGGAGCGCUCACAUUGAGGACUACAGCCCCUUGAUGGGUGCUUUUACAUUGACUCUGCCGGAUACCCAGGAGUCCACAGGCACAGAGCUCUCCACACUUAUCACCAACUACAACGCCAACAAGACAGCUGGAGACCCUUAUUUAGAAAAGCUACUUUUCGAUUAUGGUCGCCACAUGUUCAUCUCGUCAUCCCGCGAGAACAGUCUUCCUCCCAACCUCCAAGGGGUCUGGAGUCCCACGAAGAACGCAGCCUGGAGCGGCGAUUACCAUGCAAACAUUAACCUGCAAAUGAAUCUUUGGGGAGCCGAGGCAACAGGGCUAGGCGACUUGUCAGUGGCUGUCUUCGAUUACAUGGAACAGAACUGGAUGCCGCGCGGUGCUGAAACCGCCGAGCUUCUUUACGGCGGUUCUGGUUGGGUAACUCACGACGAGAUGAAUAUUUUCGGACACACUGGGAUGAAAACCUAUCAAACCGCAGCGAACUAUCCGGCCGCGCCGGCGUGGAUGAUGCAACAUGUCUGGGACCGCUACGACUACUCGCGUGACAAAACAUGGUUCGUUGAACAGGGUUGGCCAUUAUUGAAAGGCGUCGCCGAGUUCUGGGUCUCUCAGCUGCAGCUUGACAAGUUCAGCAACGACAGUUCUCUCGUUGCUAACCCGUGUACCUCUCCCGAACAAGGACCGACCACGUUCGGCUGCACCCACUGGCAACAGCUCAUCCACCAAGUCUACGAGAACGCAAUCCAAGGCGCAGAGAUCGUUGGUGAAGGCGACUCCACCCUUGUAAAAGAUAUCAAGAACCAACUUCCCCGCCUCGACAAAGGCCUCCACAUCGGCACCUGGGGCCAAAUCAAGGAAUGGAAACUGCCUGACAGCUACGACUACGAAAAAGAGGGCAACGAGCAUCGCCAUCUCUCUCACCUUGUCGGCUGGUUCCCGGGCUGGUCCUUGUCCUCGUACUUCAACGGCUACACCAACGCUACGAUCCAGUCUGCCGUUAACACCUCCCUUAUUAGCCGCGGCGUGGGCUUAUACACCAACGCCGGCUGGGAGAAAGUAUGGCGGUCCGCUUGCUGGGCACGCCUUAAUAACACAGAGAAAGCUCACUACGAGCUCCGCUUGACCAUUGAUCAGAAUAUCGGCCAGAGUGGGCUGUCGCUUUAUAGUGGUGGCGAUACGCCGUCUGGUGCCUUUCAGAUCGAUGCUAACUUCGGGUUUCUGGGCGCUGUGCUUAGUAUGUUGGUUGUUGAUAUGCCGCUUGAUAGUGCCUAUUCGGAGGACGAUGUUCGGACGGUUGUUCUGGGCCCGGCUAUCCCUGCUGCGUGGGCCGGUGGUAGCGUUAAGGGACUUCGUUUGCGUGGGGGUGGGAGUGUGGACUUCUCUUGGGAUGAUAAGGGGCUGGUGGACAAGGCGACUGCGAAGGGGAUUUCGGAUAAUGUUCGCAUUGUUAAUGUUGAGGGGAGCGUGCUUGUUUGA